GCUCGCUCUAAGCAAUAUUAAUGCAACUAUACCUAUCUCUAGCUUACAAAAUGAACAAGCCUGCAAUUUUCUUCAUCUUCUCCAUCUUAGCCUCUUUCUCCCAUGCCAUAGAAUUAGAUUUUUGUGUUGGAGAUCCUAGCCUCCCUAGAGGACCUGAAGGAUAUGCCUGCAAAAAUCCUGCUACAAUCACCACAGACGAUUUUGUUUACACUGGUUUCCGUGGUGAAAGAACCACCACAAAUAUUUUCAGAAACAAUGUAACUUUAGCAUUUGCAAAUGCAUUCCCAGCAUUGAAUGGCUUGGGCAUCUCCAUGGCAAGGUUAGACUUCGGAAUAGGUGGUGUUAUACCACUACAUUCUCAUCGUACAUCAGAAGUUAUUAUUGUUAACCGUGGUACGAUCAUUGCCGGGUUUAUUGACACAAGCAAUACAGCAUAUUAUAAAAGGUUAGAGGUUGGUGAUGUCAUGGUCUUUCCACAAGCCAUGCUUCACUUUCAAGUCAAUGUUGGUAAUACUCCCGCUACCGCAUUCGUUAGUUUGAAUGGUGCAAAUCCAGGAUUACAACUCACUACUCCCUCCUUAUUUGCUGGCAAUUUGCCUGCUGACAUAGCUGAGCAAAUCACACUCUUAAGCCACAAUGAAGUAAUGCGAUUGAAGAGAAUGUUCGGCACAGCUUAAUUUCCUAGCACUAUAUUGUUUAUGUUAAAUGCAUCAGAUUUACUUUCAUUGUCCAGCAUAAUUUAUUUAAAGCCUAAUACAUUUGAAAUAUUGUUGUAAUUGUAAGAGUGUCCCAUUGAAUUACUUGGAGCUUUCUCAAAGUAAAUUGGUAUGAACUUUUCUGUAACAUUACAUGGCCA